GUAAGAGUUCUCAUGAAGCCUCUGCCGUCCGUCUCCUUGAUGCUACUGAGACGUUUAGAUCCAGACCCUCAGACAGGAUGUCUCAUGUUAGAAACUGAGGUGUGUGUGUGUCAGUGUGUGUGGCUGGCACACAGGCGCAGUGUGCACGCUAUGUACUCGGCAUGCCAACUCAGCCUCGGCACUGCAAUGCAGCGCUGUGCAUUUGGCCAAGUCAUGCCACACUCACACACACCCACACACACACCGACACACGCACACACACGUGCACUGAUCUCUGUGAGACGACAUGUGUUGUGCGUGUGUGUGUUCGGAGUGUGUUUCCGGUUGAUUGUCAACCUUGCAGUGUUUGGGUCUCUGCAGCGGCGAGCUGCGAUGUCUCUCAGCCUCUGCAGGGCAGUUAGCCGCAUUAGCUCCCUGCUUGUCCUCAGAUGACUCCUCCUCCUCCUCGGCUGUCUGCUGUAUCCCUGCCUCCCUCCUCCUCUUCCUCCCCUCCUGUGACACACCAGACGAUGCAUUGACUGAGCGGAGGAGAAGAAGAAAACCUCUCCCAGCCUGCCAGCCAUCCUGCCUGCUGCAUGGAGACGGAGAGGAGCAGAAGGAGAACGUUGACCAGAACUCUGCAGGACCAGCUUGUUCACAGUUCUUCAUAGGAUCCUCCUGCAUCCCACCAGACCUGCUGCCGGCUCCUCAACCUCCUGAACCUCCCUUGGCUCUGACCUCAUGGAUCUGAAACUUUUGUCAGGACUCUUAUGUAGCAUUCCUGACACUUAACCGCAGCCGGUGUUGACCCCUGCUCCAGUUUUCUGUCCUGCAGAGCGCGGCAUCUAUCAUGGCGGAGGGGCUGCUGCAGGUGGAGAUCCCGGACUUCGGCAGCAGCGUGUUGGGCAGCCUGAACGAGCAGCGGCUGCUGGGCCACUACUGCGACGUCUCCAUCCUGGUGCAGGGACAGGCCUUUAAGGCGCACAGGGCCGUCCUGGCGGCUUCCUCGCUCUACUUCAGAGACCUCUUCAGCUCUGUGGCCGACCCCUCCUCCUCCUCUUCCUCACCGUCCUCCUCCCAGGCCGUCUUUGAGCUUCCAUCGUCGGUGACGCCGGCGUGUUUCCAGCAGAUCCUGUCGUUCUGCUACACCGGACGGCUCAGCAUGGCCGCCAGCGAGCAGCUGGUGCUCAUGUACACCGCCGGCUACCUGCAGAUCCAGAACAUCGUGGAGCGAGGCAUGGAGCUGAUGAUGAUGAAGGCAUCCUCCUCAUCCUCUCCACUGUGCUGCGACUCUCAGACGACUUCAGCAGACGAGCUGGGGGGGGUUGAUGCCCCCGUGGCGCAGCAGCAGCACAGCGCCCCCCAGCUGCAGGAGGUCAGUCCUGACCAGCCGUCUCUGAGCCCGGAGGAGCUGCUGUUGGCUGUCAGCAGGAUCAAGCAGGAGAGAUCCGACACGCCUCCGGCCGAGGAGAGCGGAGGAGUAGAGAAGGCCAGAGUGGACGUGGAGCUGCAGUCCUCCAGGAGCGCCGCUCUGUGCUACCUGAGUGCAGGAGGUGGUCUGGUUCCGGGGCUGCAGUCCUACCUGCUGGCCAGCGCCGGGCGGUCCAGUCCAGGAGGGUCCAGCAUCCCCGCGGACUCUCCUCCCUCCCAACCGCCGACCGAGGAGGAGCUGGAAGAGGAUUACUAUGGCAACGGAGUUCAUCCAGGGCUGUACCAGAACAUCUACAGUCACCCUGGAAACGCCUACAUUCAAGAAAAGCUAGAGCUGCUGCCCCUCCCAUUGGCUAACGAGCGCCGGCCCUGCGUCCUGGUUGGCCGGGACAACAUGGCGCUACCCGCCAGUCUGAUCAGCCAGAUCGGGUACCGUUGCCAUCCGUCGCUCUACGCCGAGGGAGAUCCCGGAGAGAAGGUGGAGCUGGUGGCAGGUUCAGGUGUGUUCAUGACCAGAGGUCAGCUGAUGAACUGCCACCUGUGUGCCGGAGUCAAACACAAAGUGCUGCUGAGGAGACUGUUGGCCACGUUCUUCGACAGAAACACCCUGGCCAAUAGCUGCGGAACAGGGAUUCGCUCGUCCACCAACGAUCCGAGUCGGAAACCUCUGGACAACCGAGUGUUGAACACGGUCAAACUGUACUGUCAGAACUUUGCUCCCAACUUCAAGGAAAGUGAGAUGAACGUCAUUGCCGCUGACAUGUGCACAAACGCCCGCAGAGUUCGUAAGCGCUGGCUCCCAAAGAUCCAGUCGCUCCUCCCUGAUGGCCUCCCCUCCUCCGCAUCAUCCCAUCCCCGUAAGGGGAAGAGAGGAGGAGCGGGAGGAGCAGGAGGAGCGGGAGGAGCAGGAGGAGAGCGGCCCGGUGGCAGCCCCUUUGAGCUGGACUUGCGGCAGCUCAGCGCCUCCUACCUCAGCCUGGAGGCGCCGGUCUACACGGAGCGCCAUGACAGGGAGGCGGCAGGGGAGAAGGAGAAGGAGGCCCACCUUCCUCACCUGCAGUUUGCCGGCUCCCGGGGAGGUGAGGGGGGGCCGGAGGAGGGGUCGAUGGGGGGCGGGGAGGCAGAUGGGGAGGAGAGGCAACAGACUGAAAGGCCCCCAGACCUGUCCCUCUCCCUGUCCUCCUCCCUGUCCUCCUCUUCCUCCUCCUCACACCCCUCCCCUCAGCCUGCAGAGCCCGCCCCCCCUCACAGGGGAUUGGCUGACACAGAUAUGAGGGGGGAGGGGCCUACGGAAGACAGCCAAUAAGCAUCCUAAUGCAUCUGCCUACCUGUCUGUAAAUUAAACAAUAGCUACCUGGCUCCACCUCUCCACCCGUCUGUCUCCACCUGUCUGUCUCCACCCGGGUACUUCCUGUUUGGUCACAUAUUUAUUCACUUGUCCCACUUUUCAACCUUGACUCUGUCUGUCUACCUCUGAUCUUUUAUUUGUCCUUCAAACUGUCUCCCUCUACCUCACUUCCUGCCCACCUGUCUACCUCUGCUCCUGUCUGUCCACCUGUCCGUCUGCUUGGCUCUGCUGCAUGUCGACAGCCUUCUGCAGUCCAGCACACAGGCCCAUAGCAACAGGACUGAUGAAGAUGAUGAUGACUAUACUCUCUGACGAUGAUAAUAAAGCUUGUUGAUGCUCAGGUUUCUUUGAGUCGACCUGAGAAACUCGU